GAUAUCACACAACUCUAAUUUGUAUAAAAAGAACGAUUUACUAUUAUCUGGCCACUACUACGGUACUCAUCGUUUUACCUGAAUAUGCAAAUAUAUUUCAAGUAACUUUCUGUCUUUUGGACGACACGACAAACAAACGGACAACACAAACAAUGGCUACUUCAGACACCGAUAUUAGCCAGCUGUCCGAAACACAGCAGGCAGCUUUACAACAAUUACUUGCGGUAACUGGCCAAGACGUAGAUCAAGCAGUUCCUCUAUUGCAGAGAUCACAAUGGAGUGUCGAGAUUGCAAUCGCAAAGUUCUUUGACGGCGAAGAUGAUUCUUUGACAGCAGCAGGGCUAGCAGCCCAAAACGUUCCACCUCCUCGAGCUUCAAGACAAGAGAAUCUUCAAUACAGUCUCCUCAACGAAUCCUCAAAUCGAUCAAGAGCUCAAAAUGUGGACUCGGCUCCAAGGAUUGUUCCUCAACCAGAGGAUCAAGUUAUUCGAAGACCAAACCUUAUUUUUGCCAUACUGUUCGCACCAUUUAGUGUGCUCUAUAAAGUUUUCUCGAUGGGAUAUAGAGCCUUUGCAUUCUUGUUUCCUUUUCUACCAAGGUUUAGACCUACCGGCGCAUCAAAUACAAUGGGACGGAGGUCACUCAAACCGAGAGAUGCGGCAACUCGCACAAAGCGCGAAUUCGAGGAAGAAUAUGGACCAAAUAAUAUACCAUUUUUCGAUGGAGGUUAUGCCCAAGCACUGGAUCUUGCGAAGAAAGAUUUAAAAUUCCUUAUUGUUCAUUUAAUGUCACCGGAACAUGAUGAUACAUCUGAUUUUGUACAACAAACUUUACUUUCCGAAGAAGUCACCUCAUUCCUAGGGGAUAAAACCAACAACAUAAUAUUUUGGAUGGGAGAUGUACGCGAUUCAGAAGCAUAUCAAGUCUCUUCAGCUUUGAGAUGUACCAAGUUUCCAUUCACAGCCUUAAUUACUCAUACACCCGACCAAGGAGCUACAUCAAUGUCGGUGAUUGCUAGAAUCUCUGGACAAGAGGCACCUGGCGCAUUCGUAGCGAAAUUACAAAGCGCAAUGGGACAGCAUUCCGAGAAAUUAGCUGCAGUUCGUGCACAACGUUCAGCGCAAAACUUCGAGCGCACAUUAAGAGAAGAACAAGAUUCUGCUUAUGAGCAAUCUUUGGCACAAGAUAGAGAACGUGCUAGGCAGAGAAAGGAAGCAGAAGCUGCGGUUGCGGCAGAAGAAAAAAGAAGGAAGGAGGAAGAAGAACUUGCUGCCAAAUUAGCCGAAACCCAAAAACAAUGGAAACAAUGGCGAGUACAAACCAUUCAACCAGAACCUGAGCCCGGAACCAAUGUUGUUCGAGUUGCAUUGAGAAUGCCAGAGGGUGCUAGAAUUACUCGACGUUUCGAAGCGAAUUCAGAAAUCGAAGAACUUUACGCAUUUGUUGAAUGCCACGAUUUACUUGAAACUAGCAACGAUUACAGUGGGCAAAAGCCGGAAGGAUAUGAACACAAAUAUAAUUUCAGAUUAGUGCAGAGCAUACCUAGAGAAGUGUAUGAAAUUGGAGGCGGAGGAACAAUUGGGGAGAGAGUUGGCAAGAGUGCGAACUUGAUUGUGGAAUCUAUUGAUGAUGACGAUGAUGAUAAUGAAUAAAAUGGGGUGGUAAUUUAGUUGAUGCUGGUAUACUAUGGUAAAUUAUACCAUUGGCGUUUGGAUUAACUCCGGCUAGAGUUCCAUAUCUAAAGUAGUAUUAAAGCAUCACUGCGUGGGUGGCAUAGACUCUUUACAAUAAAUUCAUCUAUCAUCAAGAACAAUACUCCCUGAAACAACUUGAUAUAACGCCCCCAAAUGUAUAGAUCUCGUUAAGCAUAAUAUUGUAGCCCACCA